CUCCACCUUCGCUCUGGGAUUUACCGGCACCCGUCUCAGGAAGGUUGCUUUUUUGGAUUGUGUCUCACAAAGGUACCUUCUUGCUCCAGCUUGUCCUAGCCUUGGCGAUCUGCCUAGGAACUGAAAUGCAGUGGAAACAGCUGCAAAGGAUUUCCAGAUAACCUCGCCCUAUAACUGUUAUCAGCCCAUCAACCCCAACCAGACAUCCUGCUAUCUCCAGACAUUUAACCACUAUAGGCUCCAUAAGAACAUCUGCUGAAAAUCUGCUACCUAUCAGCUUCAGUCAGACUAAGUGUCACUGGAGAUUUCGGCAAGGUCCGUCCUGUGUACAGUGCGACAACUUAUGGAGCUCUUGAGUUGACGGUUUCUGAUACGUGGCGAUACCAGAUCAUAUGUUAUUUUGAUGCAUACUGUAGUCCGGCACCUGUGCCUUUAAAAUCCCUGCUUCAAGGAGUGAUUAUUUAUAUGAAAAUGGAUACGGACUCUCUUAAUACAUCCCUGCAGUCUGGAGGUUACAGCAUGGGCACGGAAUCUCCAAAUCUAUCGAUGAAAUCAUGGGGUUUCACAAAUAACAGCGAUACUGGACGGAGCCAACACUGGAACUUCUUCUUGGCUGCAAACUUCCUCGACGUUGUGGAGAAAUGCAUGAGUUUGAUGCAGUCAGGCACUCAGAUGGUGAAACUCAGAGGUGGUUCGAAGGGCCUGGUACGGUACUUUUACGUGGACGAGCACAAGUCCUGCAUCCGCUGGAGGCCCUCCAGGAAGAACGAGAGGGCGAAAAUCUCCAUUGACUUGAUCCGGGAGGUGUGCGAGGGGAAGCAGUCAGAGAUCUUCCAGCGGUAUGCAGACAGCAGCUUCGACCCCAACUGCUGCUUCAGCAUCUACUAUGGUGAGCACAUGCAGUCGCUGGACUUGGUGUCAGGUACAGGAGAGGAGGCACGCACCUGGAUUACUGGUCUUAAGUACCUUAUGGCGGGCAUCAGCGAUGAGGACAGCCUGGCCAAACGUCAGCGCACUCGUGACCAAUGGCUGAAGCAGACGUUCACAGAAGCUGACAAGAACGGAGAUGGCAGCCUGAGCAUCAGCGAGGUUCUCCAGCUCCUGCAUAAACUCAAUGUCAAUUUGCCCAGGCAGAAAGUAAAGCAGAUGUUCAAGGAAGCAGACACAGAUGAUAACCAGGGCACUUUGGACUUUGAUGAGUUCUGCUCCUUUUACAAGAUGAUGUCGACCCGGCGAGACCUGUACCUGCUGAUGCUCACCUACAGCAACCAUAAAGACCACCUGGAUGCAGACGACCUGACACGCUUCCUUGAAAAUGAGCAAAAGAUGUCAAAUGUCACAAAAGAGCAUUGCCUUGAAAUCAUCGCCAAGUUCGAACCAUGUCCUGAAAACCAGAAGCAGGGGGUUCUGGGAAUUGAUGGUUUUACAAAUUACAUGCGAAGUCCAGCUGGAGACAUCUUUAAACCCGAACACCAUGAAGUCAACCAGGACAUGACUCAGCCUCUGUGCAAGUACUUUAUUGCUUCCUCACACAACACCUACCUGAUGGGGGACCAGCUGAUGUCUCAGUCCAGAGUGGACAUGUAUGCAUGGGUACUGCAAGCAGGCUGCAGAUGUGUGGAAGUGGACUGUUGGGAUGGACAAGAUGGAGAGCCAAUCGUACAUCACGGCUACACUCUAACAUCCAAAAUACUUUUUAAGGACGUCAUUGAAACCAUCAACAAAUAUGCAUUUGUUAAGAACCCGUAUCCAGUGAUCUUGUCUAUAGAGAACCACUGUAGUGUUCCCCAGCAGAAGAAGAUGGCUGAGUAUCUGGUGGAAAUCCUGGGGGAGAAGUUGGACCUUUUAUCAGUCAAAGCUGACGAGUCCGGACUCCUGCCUUCACCAGAUUCCCUCAAGGGCAAAAUUCUUGUCAAGGGCAAGAAGUUGCCCCCGAACAUUGAUGAGAAUGCAGAGGAGGGUGACGUGUCGGAUGAAGACAGCGCUGAUGAGAUGGAGGACGACUGCAAGCUAAUGAACGGAGAUACAUCCAUGAAUAGGAAGCAGGUGGAGAACGUUGCAAAGAAAAAGCUGGAUAGCCUGAUGAAGGAGUCGAAGAUCCGUGACCGAGAAGACCCGGACAGCUUCACGAUAGCAGCGCUGCCUCCUUCAGGAAAGCGUGAUGAAAAGCCCACAAUGAAGGGGAAGGGAGACGAGACCACAGACACAGGAGACGAGUCCAGCCCCAGCACCAAUAAACGUCCGGCCAGGUCUUUCAUGGGCAGUUUCUCCAGACGGAAGAAGAAGACGAGCAAAAUCAAAAAGACGUCCAGUUUUGAGGACACAGACACAGACCAGGAGAGCUCCAGCAGUGCAUCGAAAGCCCCAUUACAUCACAGCAGAAGGAAGAAAACGAUGAAGUUGUCCAGGGCUCUGUCUGAUUUGGUGAAAUACACUAAGUCUGUGGCCAUGCAGGAUCUUGAAACACAAGGAGGCAGCAGCUGGUUGGUAUCAUCUCUAAGCGAGACCAAGGCUCACCAGCUGAUACAGCAGAAGCCAGGCCAUUUCGUGCACUUCAACCAGCGGCAACUUUCACGAAUUUAUCCCUCUUCCUACCGUGUGGACUCAAGCAACUUUAACCCGCAGCCAUUCUGGAACAUUGGAUGCCACCUGGUGGCUCUGAACUACCAGUCCGAGGGCAGAGUCCUACAGUUGAACAGAGCCAAGUUCUACAGCAAUGGCAACUGUGGCUACGUUCUUAAGCCAGAGUGCAUGUGUGACGGCUCUUUUAAUCCAAUGUUGGAGGACCCACUCCCAGGACAGAUGAGGAAACAGCUGGUGCUAAAGAUUAUUAGUGGCCAGCAGUUGCCCAAACCCAAAGACUCCAUGCUUGGUGACCGAGGCGAGAUCAUUGACCCUUUUGUGGAAGUGGAGAUCAUUGGCUUGCCAAUAGAUUGCUGUAAGGAGCAAACCAGAGUAGUGGAUGAUAACGGGUUCAACCCCAUGUGGGAGGAGACCCUGGUUUUCACUGUCCACUUGCCAGAAAUCACACUGGUGCGCUUCCUGGUUUGGGAUCAUGAUCCUAUUGGCCAGGACUUUAUUGGUCAGAGGACCAUCGCCUUUAACAGCAUGAUGCCAGGUUACCGCCACGUGUAUUUAGAAGGGAUGGAGGAGGCAUCCAUUUUUGUUCAUGUGGCAGUGAAUGACAUCACUGGUAAGGCACGGCCAGCCAGCGGCAUAAAAGGGCUGUUUCACAGAAAUCCAAAGCAGGCUUCUCUGGACAGCCAUGCUGCUGCGCUGCACAGCCGUAAACCCGCAUUUGGAGCCCACCUGCUUCGCCGCACGGCCAGCGCGCCCACCAAGGGCCAGCCCAAAGUCAAGCGUGGCUUUCCUGAGAUCUCCAUUGACACCAAAGACUGUAGCUCAGAGGGAGCAAGCUCAGAGCGUGAGUCUGAGGAGGGCCCAGCUGCCCAUCCCAACGGGGACACGGCAGCAUCAGCGCGACCGUGGGAGCAUGGCACAAAUGGGCAGCUCCACCCAGAUGAUGGUACAGAUCAUUCCACAGUGCAGAGACCCAUUCCUUAUCUGCAUGUCUUGGAAUCCAUUGUGGAAGAAUAUCAGCAGAAAUCCCCCUUGACAUCCAUAACCCAUACCUCAGAACAUUCCCCCAGUGAUGUGCUUUGUUUGUCUCCACCAUCCAUAGCAAUAACAACUUCCAAGGAAGACAACCAUGACCCUGUCAAGACAAAUGAGGAAAAGAUACCUGUUCCUAAUCAGUGUCCAAUCCAAAAUGUCAGUAGUGGGGACGAUCAUAUCAGUACUUCCCUGUCCAUGAAUUACCUUGACAUUGGAGGCAAUAAGCCCCUUGCACAAGAGCCGUCAGUAAGUGAAGGGAGGAGUUUUGGUAGAAAUGUUUUACCAGAUGCAACUGAGAUUGGACAAACUUCAGAGACGAACACUGUAACUGAGCUGGCAACAUUCAAGAGUUCCCAGAAGGUUUCAGGUAAAAAGACUUCAAUUGACAAGGACAUAGAGCGAAGGUUGUAUCCUGGGGCUAAGACACCAAUUCGAAGGACCAAAAGUGAUGGCCAGGUACGGGCAGUGUGCCCUGUUGAUGAGCAGUCAACGGUGCCUCAGGUCUCCAUCAAUGCAACCAUCAAUGACCGCCUCUGGUCCAAGCUUGACCCAAACACCCAUCGUGACAGUGUGUCAUCCUCAUCUAGCAUUUCCUCAAAUGACACUGUGAUUGACCUCUCUCUGCCCAACCUGGCCAGAAAGAGUUUGACCUGUCUCCGAGCUACUCAGGACUGUCAUGAAGGUGAGGAUUCAGUAGUCAACUGGAGUUGCUCAUCUCAGUCAUCCACUACUCCUAGCAUGCUUUGUGUCAGUAAGAGCAAAUCCAAUCCCAACUUGCGGGAUGGUCAGAUGUGUGACCCAGUGGAUGAACUUCUCCCAAGGCAACUGGGCAGUGAGCAUGACAACAAACGUCUUAUGCAACGGCGUCACACCUGGAACAGGCUGUAUAUAGAAGGCUUAAAGCAGUCAUCAUCUGCUUCUAGCAAGCGAGCCCCAACUCCUGCACCAAAGGACAUAAAUUCUGGCUCCAAAUCUAAGAGUUUGGGUGACCUCACCUCUGAGGACAUUGUAUGCAACUUUGAUAGCAAGUAUCGCAGCAUCAGUCGUAGUUUUGUGGUCAGGCCUAGUCGCCAACAGAGGUCCCCAAGGAAGCCCCAGGAUGACCUGAUGGAGCGGCUUAAGAAACUCACUGAUGUAGAACCGCUGACAAGCAGCGAUUUUACAUCCCACCUCCAUGAUUCAGAGGCUGAGGAAAAAGAGGAGGUGCAAGAUGAGGCACCACCACUGAGAAGAAGCUCGUCACGCAGCCAGAGUCGGGUCCGCUAUAUUGCCAACCGCGCUAGGCAGGCCCAGGAGAGGCAGCGGCUGCAAAACCUCCUUAUGGGAUCCAACAGCCCCAUUGAAGAGCGUGGAAUCCCAGAGGGAGCCUGCAGCAUCACACGCAGCCCCUGUGCAAGUCUGGACCUGCUGAGUCAGCUUCCUCCAGGACCACCCCAACAGACCCCACAUAACCUAGAUAAUGAUGUUUUUUUUAUGCUCCGCCUCUAAGGAAGUAUGGGUGGACAGAA